GAUUUUUGAUUUCAAAUGUCAAUCGAUUGUAAUCAUAGAAAUAUAAAAAUGAAAUUUUCAAUUUGUUUUCUAUCCUUGUCGGUUAUAUUAUCGAUUUUUUUAUCGGUUUCUGCUCAAUCUAGAGAUCGAAACAAUAAACCAUAUCGUAUUGUUUGUUAUUGGGGAACAUGGGCAUUUUAUAGACCUGGAACAGGAAAAUUUGAAGCUGAAAAUGUUAAUCCAAAUCUUUGUACACAUUUAAUGUAUGGUUUUGCUAAACUACAGAAUAAUAAAAUUGCUUUGUAUGAUCCUGAUUUGGAUGAUGGUGAUGAAGAUUGGAAUUCUGGAUUGAAUUGGGGACAUGGAAUGAUACGUCGUAUGGUAAAUCUUCGUACAUAUAAUCCGCAUCUUACAACAAUGAUAUCGAUUGGUGGUUGGAAUGAAGGAUCGGAUAAAUAUUCAAUGAUGGUUCGUGAUCCAUCAAGUCGAAAAGUUUUCAUUCAAUCAGUACUAGAUCUUUUGGCUGAAUUUGAUUUGGAUGGUUUAGAUUUUGAUUGGGAAUAUCCAAGUAUGAAAGCUACUGGUGAUAAUGAUCGUAAACCAGGACGAGAUGAAGAUAAAGAAGAUUUUAUAACAUUAUUGCGUGAAUUACAUGAAGCAUUCCAGCCACAUGGUUAUCUGUUAUCAUCAGCCGUAUCAGCCGGUAAACCAACAAUUGAUCGUGCAUAUAAUAUACCUGAAGUAAGCAAAUAUUUGGAUUUUAUAAAUUUAAUGUCAUAUGAUUAUCAUGGUGGAUGGGAAAGUCAUACCGGACAUAAUGCACCAUUAAAUUCAUAUGAUAAUGCUAAUGAAUUGGAUAAAGAAUUUACUGUUACUUAUUCGGUUGAUUAUUGGCUUAGUCAUGGUGUUGAUCCAAAAAAAUUGAUCAUGGGAAUGCCACUUUAUGGUCGAACAUUCACAUUAGCUGGUUCUGAACAUGGUAUUGGUGCACCAACUAUCGGUAAAGGUGGUAAAUCAGGAACAAUUACACGUACUAUUGGUAUGUUAGGUUAUAAUGAAAUCUGUGCAAUGCUUAAACAAGGAUGGCAAAUAUAUCGUGAUGAUAUUGAACGUAUACCGUAUGCUGUACAUGCUAAUCAAUGGAUUGGUUAUGAUGAUCGUGAAAGUAUUAAUGAAAAAUUAAAUUUAUUAAUGAAAAAAAAUCUUGGUGGUGCUAUGGUUUGGUCAAUCGAUACCGAUGAUUUUGGUGGUCAAUGUGAAAAUGUUAAAUAUCCAUUAUUAAGAUCAAUAUCGAAAAAAUUGAAUAAUGUUGAUGGUCCUGAUCCGGAUAUUAAACGUUAUCAUUAUCAUAAAACUACUAAACAUCCUGAUGGAACUACCUCGACUUCAACUACACAUCAUGAUCAUGAAACAACUAAACAUCAUGAAACAACAAAACAUCAUGAAACAACAAAACAUCAUGAGACUACAACAAGAGGACCGCAUGGUAAAUUUCAAUGUCAUUCAGCGGGAUUUUUUGCUGAUCCAGAAAAUCCCCGAAAAUUUCAUCAAUGUGUAGAUUUUGGUGGUUAUUUGAAAGAUUAUGAAUUUAUGUGCGGUGAUGGUACACAUUAUGAUGAAAAAUUACAUGUUUGUGUUCGUGGUUGAAAUUCAAUCUGUUGUUUAAUGUUUUAAUUUUACUUGUGAAUCAUUUUAAUAAAUUUUA